GCAGAGUCGACAGAUCUGACGUUUUGGCUCACCUACGGAGAUCGAAAGCACCAAGUUUUAAUAAUCCAGCCGGCGAAAGAGGAAGGCUAUGGCGACGAGCCAGGACGAGGAAAGUUUGGAGUCAUUACUCAAUAAAGCCACGGAUCCGGCUAAUCAGGAGGACAGAUGGGACUUCAUCCAGGGCUUCUACGAGCUUGUCAAGGAAAGGGCAGAUGGUCUGCAGGUAGCCACCCGACUCCUGGCCCACAAGAUCCAGUCUCCCCAGGAGAGAGAAGCUCUGCAAGCCCUCACUGUCCUAGAAGCAUGCAUGAACAACUGUGGCAAGACAUUUCACAGCGAGGUGGCUAAAUUCCGCUUCCUCAAUGAGCUCAUCAAGGUCUUGACACCAAAGUACCUGGGCCAAUGGAGUCCUCAGAAGGUUAAAGACAGAGUGACGGAGGUUCUCUAUAGUUGGACACUAUGGCUAAAAGACGAAAACAAGAUCCAGGAAGCGUAUCACAUGCUUAAGAAACAAGGUUUGGUGAAGGAGGAUCCCAAACUAACAGGAAUGAUUGUAAUGCCUCCUUUGCCCCAGAGAACAACAGACUCUGUCUUUGAACAGGAGGAAAAGGCCAAGUUAUUAGCCAGAUUACUGAAAAGCGCCCGACCUGAGGAUCUACAGACAGCCAACAAGCUCAUUAAAAACACCAUUAAAGAGGAGCAGGAGAAAGCGGAAAGAGUGGCAAAGCGUGUAUCUAUCCUGGAGGAGGUGGCAACCAGCACCAGAAAGCUUAAAGAGCAGCUAGACAUAUACAGCCGCAGUGGAAACUCAGUACAAGGCAUUGAUAAUCUGAAGGCCCAGUAUGAGCGCUGUGAUAAACUGAGGCCCAGCCUUUUCCGUCUAGCCAGUGACACCAUUGAUGAUGACUCAGCGCUGGCUCAGAUUCUGGCGGCUAAUGAUGAGUUAACACUGGUAGUAACAGCCUACAAAGACACGUUGGCCAGAAGGCAGAAUAACAGAGGAGGAAAAGAAGGGAGCAGAACUGAAAAAGUGGAGGGAUGUAAAAACGACGCACCCACAAGUUCGCGAGAGAUUAAGACCUACCAUCUCAUCGACCUGUCAGCUGUGGAUUCUCCGCCAACGCGCAGACAAGCCAAGUCACCCGCUCCCAUUGUCCCCUGCGACUCAUCUUCUCUGGAAGGCUCCUUCCACUCAGUAGUGGACCCGGAGUUAAUGGGUACAGGGCUAAAUGGUUUGGUCUCAAAUCCCAGCCAACCCCCAAGUACAAAGACAUACUAUGAGGAACUUAUGCAGCUCAGUGGGGAUUUCAGCAUUACGGAUACUGGUCUUGGUGGAGAAGCAGUCUGUUUGUUGAAAGCCCGUGGGUGUGGGGGAAUUAGUACAUCUUCACAUGGGCCUAAUACCUGGUCAUUUCCCCAAAAACCAUUUGCAGAAUCAGGGUCACUGUCCAUGGCACUGGAAAAAUCACCACAAUCAUCUCUGUUUCCAGUCAAAUUGGAGGAAACCCCAAAUCCUCCGCAGUCGCUAGCUCACAUCCAUGUCCCGGUGGAGACGAUCAAACCAAGUUGGCUUGAGCCUAUCACCGUAUAUAACCAAGAUGGGAUUCACGUCUCCCUCCAUUUUGCCAAAGACACUCCCCCAGGACACCCAAGUAUUGCUGUGGUUGUCCUCUCCAUGGUGAACACCUCCGCUCUUCUUGUGAAAGACUUCUUAUUCAAAGCUGCUGUUCCUAAGACGAUGUCAGUGAAACUACAGGCCUCAUCAGGGACACACCUACCGCCUUACAACCCCCUUCUUCCUCCAGCUGCCAUCUCUCAGGUCCUCCUACUGGCUAAUCCUCAGAAGUGUAAGGUUCGUCUGCGCUACAAUCUGACCCUGAUACAUGGCGAUCAGCAGCUUAACGAGACAGGAGAGAUAGACAACUUCCCCGACUGGGACUCUCUGGUGGGCUUCCAGGAACUUCACUGAACCCAUUUCUCUGAGAAGAUUCUAAGGCUCUAGAACUUUGGUGGAUUUAGAAAUCUAGAUUCUGAAUCCAGAACCAGGGCUGAUAUGCUGUCAUGGCCUCCAAACCGAUUGCGGAUAUGAGUGGGUCUGCGAUUGCCAUCAAGUUUAUGUACGUUUACAGAUUGUGCCACGUGGGCGUACUAUCUCAGAUAGUGUGGUUGAUUUGUGUAUUGUUCUGUUCCUAGCAUGAAUGGAUAUGAGUCUCUUGGGUUUUAUGCCUUUGUCACUGCCGUUUAUGGCUUCUCAAAUUUCCAAAGAGCUGUAAGACACAAAUGAGGUGCUUUUUUUCCCCCUUAUUCAUCUGAUCAAGUUCUGUACCUCAAAUGUGCCUGGUAAAGUGAUAAAUGUUUGUGUAAAUGUCAGUGGUACCAGUCGCCUGUUGCAAAAGGGCUUACCCAGGCUUCGCUGUGCAACUACAUCUUUACUCAGACCUUUAUCCAUGAAAUGGGUUAGGUAAAGUAAAAUAAGUAAAAUUUAGAACUAUUUCCAUUCUUAAACUGUGGAUAACUCAGUUGUGCACCCCGACAGGUGAUCUCGAACCAGUGCUCUUAUCCUAAGAACAGACAAGACUACUGAUUCCAAACAAGUUGUCUCAUACCAAUAACCAACAAUGACCGUGAUCCUUUAGCUAGCUGUCUUCCGAAAACCUUGUUAAAAACUGCCUAGGUCAAGGAAUAUGAUGCAACUUGCUUUGCAAAUCUGCUUGAAAAGUGAGAUCAGGAUUAGAAGUGCUGAAAAGCCUUGUUUGUAGUUAUUUUCAAAUUUACAGAAGUUUGUAAAAGACGUGCCUUAAUGUUUCAGUCUUGAAAAUCCUAGUUUUAUUUCAACCAUGCUGAUGCCUAUGUUGAUACUGGUACUUGCAUUGUUGUUUCACCACUCCAAAUUGCAGCUGUACAUUCGAAAUGAAAUUUCCACAUGUGCUAUUGUGCACCUUCCCCACCUCUGAACAAAAAUACACAGCUGAAGCUGAGUUUUAGCUGUUGAUGGUAAAAUUGUUUUAUGAGCUUGGCCUACCAGAGCAGCAGCAAAUUUUACACUUUUCCUGUUUGGCUCCUACAGUGAAGACAUGAAACAUGUGCAAUAUCUUUUUUUUUCUGGCCAAGUCCUAUCAGACAGUAAUCAUCACACUGAGCAAACGUUUUCCCGAUUUGGAUAUUUGUGGAUUAGCUAGUAUCUUGAAUAUGCCAGUGAGAGACAUAAAAAAAUGACAUGUUUGCACAAAAUCUUCAUUUUGUAGCUUUAAAGUUUACUUACAGAUUCAGGGUUUUUAUCUGUUUGAAUUCAAGACUGUAUGCUCAGCUGCCUUCUGAUGUGAGCGAAGUCCUCUGUGCCAUAUGUUUCACUGAUUAAUAAAAAUACUGUGUACAA